UUUACAAUGGUACAGUUAUAACAAUAUAAUUUAGUUUAUAUAUAUUAAAUUAUAAGUUCUAAAAAUUAUCACAAUGAAAUUCCAACCACCAUGCUACACGAGCGACCACGGAUGCAUAAUUAUAUGCGAGGGUGAUACCAGCACUUUUAAUUUAACCGACAUUUUCACCAAGCUCAGUCACCAAUUAAAAGACCAGCCCAGCAAACAUUUUGCUCAAUUCAGGCUCAACAACAACACGGCGGUGACUGAACUGCCCGCCCGUGUAUUCUCAGACAUACUGUUUGAAUGGGUGCUCAUAGAGGGCGCCAGUAGUCUAAAGCGUAUACAUCGGGACGCGUUUGCCGGUCCCAUAGCGGCCACAAUGAAACGCCUGUACAUUACGGACGCACCGGUAGGCGACGCAACGCGUGACGGGUUGUACGAUGUGUUCGGCGCCGUACGUACUCUAGCCCUGUUUGAGGUCCUGUGGCUUAAGGGCACUGAACUGACGGCAAUACCGGCGGGUGCUGUUCAGUCAUUCCCGCAUUUGUUUCACCUAUUUUUUGUUGAUAAUCCACGCCUUACUAGUGUUGGCGAUAAGGCGUUCAGUAAUUUGCCGGCCUUUACGGAGCUUACCCUCGAGGGUAAUCCCAUAGUACAGGUGUCGGACACUGCGUUCAACAGGGGGCAGAUUAAGGGCCAGGCGUUGGCCGGCAUUAAACGUAUUGUGCAUUUGGAUUUAAACAAUAAUGGUCUGAAAUUUUUGGAUCAAGCUGAGUUUGAAGCGUUUUUGCAAACCAACCCGAGUAAUUUGAUUUUGUCAAAGACCGAGUGUUUGAAUAAGGGCAAUGAUUGGCUGAGACUGAAAUAUGCCAAACAGUGGUUUGAUGAUACUUGCUCAAACUGA